AUGAUGCUAAACUAAGAAUUGCUCCAAGAGAGUUGUGCCCUUGAAAAUCGAUUUCCAUAAUCGUCUGCCGCAUCCCACAUAACAAAAUUCUGUAGAAGUAAUUAUAUUAGGUUAUGUUGGAUCCCGUGGAAAGCUUAAAACUGGCGGAUCAGCCGAAGAAAGUAUUGAAGAGUUGCCACACAGGAAUCUGGGAUAAUCUCCUGGAUUUAGAUAAAGUGGAAUGGAAGGAUCUGCAAUACAAGAAUACAGGAGAUACUGCAUUACAUGUAGCUUCUAGGUACGGACAUGCAGAGGUAAUUAAACGUCUCUUGAUUAGGUUUAAUUCAUCUGCAGUGGAUGCAACUAACGAUGACAAUAAGACGGCUCUGCAUGAAGCAGCUCAGUUCGGGCAACUGGAAGCGGCAACGAUAUUGAUAGAACACGGAGCAAAUGUUAACUCGCUGAAGAAGGCGGAUUGGACGCCAUUGAUGUUGGCAUGCACGAAGAAGCCAAACCUGGACCUGAUUAAAGCAUUAUCAGAGAAUGGCGCUGCCGUUAACUAUGCCAAUAAAGAUGGAUGGACGUGUCUUCAUUUAUUAGCGCGCGAAGGUUCUCUGAACAACCUGAAAUAUCUCCAUUCGCGAGGUUUAAAUUUAACGCUGAGGACGAAAAACGGCAGAAGUGGCGCUCAUGUGUCCGCAUUGCAUAAUAACCAAGAGGUCUUGCAAUAUUUACUAAAGGAGGAUUCGUCGCAGGUGAACGCGACGGAUAAUUGCGGCAAUACCCCUCUGCACGAGAGCGUUCUCGGUGGUAAUUAUCAAGUAUUCAAGAACAUUUUAGAAAGCGACGGCGAAAUCGGAGCAAAGAAUUCAGUUGGUUUCAAUGCUCUCCAUCUAGCAGCGAGCAAAGGAGAUUUGGAUUUCAUUAGAACCAUACUUGAACUUGGAGUGAACGUAGAUUCGCGCAGUUCGGAAGGCUACACUGCUCUUCAUUGCGCCGCCAGAAAGAACCUGAUGGCUGCUUACCGGGUUCUCCUGGACAUGGGCGCAGAAAGAGCCACAACGGAUUGUCACGGAAGAAAAGCUGAAGAAUAUUUCCAUAGUUCAUAAUUAUAUUAUUUAUAAUUAAUACAUUAUUCACAUAUAUACAAAUAUCUUGUAAAUCUUUUUUUGUUGUUGUUGUUGUUUGUUUAUCAUUAACAUCGAUUUUCAGUGUAUGCUAAAUGCGCUUUGAGAAACCUAACU